AUGUCGUUCCUCUUGGUCACCGCCUUCGACGACGCCUACGACGUGGGCUUCCUCUGCGCGGCCUCGCACGAGGCCUACGCGCAGAAGCACGGUUAUGAGCAGAAGAGUUGGAUCUUGACACCCGACGACUUCAAGGACCUGUGCCAGGGGCGAGCGCCCCAAUGGGCCAAGGUGGCGCUCCUGCAGCGACUGCUGCACGCGAUUCCGGGCGCAAAAGCGGAGGCCGUGCAGCCCAGUUGGAUUGUAUGGCUGGAUGCUGAUGCGCUACUGUUGGACUUCGAGACACGUUUGGAAGACUUGCUGGAGGACUUUGAUUUGAUCUUAGCCGAGGAUAUGUCCUGUGCCAGUGAGCUCAACACGGGGGUGAUGUUCGUUCGGACCUCGUCCACGUGGGUGGCGACGCUCUUGGACGAGGUCUGGAAGAACGCUGAUCCUCGCUGGUAUCACCGACCAUUCCAUGAGCAGACCGCCCUGUCGGCGCGUUUGUGCGCGGUUCCGCGCGGAACCCACGCUUCGGGUACGCUCUGGUGGAGUUGGCAAGGAGGGCCACGCCGCAAGGUCCUGGCGGGCCGUGUGCUAGUCCUGGACUGCGGCACGCUGAACUUUAAGCAUCCAGAGCAACGCCCCUUCGCGAUCCACUUGGUGGAUGACCACCGGCGCUUUGGUGGCCCCAGCAAGGCCGAGCGCGUGAAGGCGUUGUUGCAGCAGCCGAAGCACCAGAGGGGCUGCGUCGCCGUGGCGGCCGGGGCGGAGGCCUCGUGUCCAGCGCUGGUGGAGGCGACCGGCCCGGAGGAAGGGAUUCGUUUGAGCAUUUUAUUGGAGUGA